GAGUUACAGGCGGCGCUACCUGGGCGCUGCAAUUCACCCUCCGCACUGCAGGGGGCGCGCUAACCUCGUGCGGCCGGGGCCGCUCCGGCCUCCAGUGCACGUGGGGGCGCGGGGCGGUGGGUCGGUCUGCUCCGCUCCGGUCCGAGCGCCGCGAUGUUCGAGGAGGAGGAGUGGAACGAGGGCGCGGACGGCCUCGCGCUGCCACGGGCUGUGCCGGAGCUUCGCGGUGAUGGCAAAGGCUCUCAGCCGCCGGUCUCCGCCGCGGCGGAGCGGAAGCGGCGGCAGCGCCUCGUGGCCACCCUGCGGAGGCUGCAGGCGGCGGGCGCGGCUCCGGAGUGGAGCGGCGAAGCGGCUCCAAAGCGGCCCGGGAAACGCGCGAGGACCGCGAGGGACCGAACCGCGGCGGAGGCGGCCGCGGAGGAGCGGCGACCCCAGAACGGGGUCGGCGCCGCUGGGACCGGGGCUGAGUUGCCCCCGAGUGUACCGGAGCCGCCCCGGCGGAACGUGGAGCCCGCGGUGGGGGAUUCGGCGGCCGCGGCGCCGCGGCUCACCCGAAAGCAGUGGCGGAACAAACAGAAGAACAAACGGCGGCAGGAGAAGUUGAAAGCGGAGAAGAACGCGGGCGGAGGUUGCGGUACCGGACAGGCAGCACCGGAACCCGCUGACCCGGCCGCGGCACCCACUGGGCGGUCGGCGGCGCUGCGGGCGCGCAUGGAGGAGCGGCUGCUGGCGGCGCGGUUCCGGUACAUCAACGAGCGGCUCUACACAGGCAGCAGCCGCGACGCCGUUCAGCUCUUCCAGAGCGACCCCGAGGCGUUUCAGAUCUACCACCGCGGCUUUGCGCAGCAGGUGGGGCGCUGGCCACAGAACCCCGUGGAUCACAUCAUCCAGCGGCUGCGGCAGCGGUCAGCCUCGCUGGUCGUGGCAGAUUUUGGAUGUGGGGACUGCAAGAUUGCCAGCAGUGUCCGGAAUAAGGUGCACUGCUUUGACCUGGUGCCGCUCAGCCCGCUUGUCACCGUCUGCGACAUGGCUGAGGUGCCGCUGGCAGAUGAAUCAGUGGACAUUGCAGUUUUCUGCUUGGCGCUGAUGGGCACCAACCUGCAGGAGAUCCUAGAGGAAGCCAACCGCGUGCUGAAGCAGGGUGGUACCCUGAUGGUGGCCGAGGUUGCCAGCCGCUUUGAGGACCUCCGAGCCUUCAUGAAUGGAAUGGCUCAGCUGGGCUUCAGGAGCGUCAGCAAGGAGCUGAAGGGCUUCAACUCGCUCGAUGACCUUCUCCAUGUCAAAGGCAUCACCACCCGCAUCCUGGAGCUGAACAGUCAGCGGAUGACCUGCAGAAGGCGGCCGAGCAGCGAGGAAGCCGUCAGGGUGAGCCCUGCUCUGCUGGGGGACAGCAAAGCUCCUGUGCCUCAGGCAGUGGCUGAGGAGGAAGAUGUGUCUGGGCCCUGGGAGCUGGAGCGUGCUGGGAAGAGGAGCGUGGAAUCAGGGCUGGAGGCCAACGGCUCCGAGGGGCAGGGGGAGCAGGAAGCAGUCAGCUGCACGGCCUGCGGAGAGCCAGAGGAGGAGGAGGAGACGGAAGAGGAGGAAGGGAGCUGCUGCAGUGAGGAAGGGGAAGAUGGCAGCAACGUUUACUUCUACUACACCAUUGGCGAGCGCUGGAUAGACUACCUGCAGCGGACGGAGGACAGCGGCUUCCUGCGCCAUGUGCGGCCCAAGAUGAAGCGGAAGUCGGAGAACGGCCUGGAUGGCAGAGCGUUGUCUCCUGGUAAAAAGCUGUGCAAGGGCUCAGAGUACAGCAGGACGCUGGGGCCCUGCACGCCCAGUCCCACCACCACCUUUGGGGAUCUGCGCAAUGCCAAAGCUGGCCAGGCCCGGCGCCGCCGCAUCCCCUCCGUUGCUCCUCCUCCCGAGCUGCAGGACUGGCUGCGCACCUUCCAGCGCUGGAGCGGCCCAGAGAAGCUGCUGGCUCUGGAUGAGCUCAUUGACCGCUGCGAGCCCUCCCAAAUCAAGUACAUGAUGCAGGUCAUCGAGCCGCAGUUUCAGAGAGACUUCAUUUCACUGCUGCCCAAGGAGCUGGCGCUCUACGUCCUCUCAUUCCUGGAGCCUCGGGAUCUGCUCCGCGCUGCCCAGACCUGCCGCUACUGGAGGGUGCUGGCUGAAGAUAACCUGCUGUGGAGGGAGAAGUGCCGCGAGGAAGGCAUUGAGGAGCCCCUGAACCUGCGUAAGCGGCGCCUGCUGAGCCCUGGAUUCAUGUACAGCCCCUGGAAAUUCGCCUUCAUGCGGCAGCACAAAAUUGACAUGAAUUGGCGCAGCGGCGAGCUUAAAGCCCCCAAGGUGCUGAAGGGACACGAUGACCACGUCAUCACCUGCCUGCAGUUCUGUGGCAACCGGAUUGUGAGCGGCUCGGACGACAACACGCUCAAAGUGUGGUCAGCCGUCACUGGGGAGUGCGUGCAGACUCUCGUCGGCCACACGGGGGGGGUCUGGUCCUCCCAGAUGAGGGACAGCAUUGUCAUCAGCGGCUCCACGGACCGCACGCUCAAAGUGUGGAACGCAGACACGGGCGAAUGCGUGCACACACUGUAUGGACACACAUCCACCGUGCGCUGCAUGCACCUGCAUGGCAACAGGGUUGUGAGUGGCUCACGGGACGCCACUCUGCGCCUCUGGGACAUUGAGACUGGGCAGUGCCUACAUGUGCUGAUGGGGCACGUGGCCGCCGUGCGCUGCGUGCAGUACGAUGGGCACAAGGUGGUGAGCGGCGCCUACGACUACACAGUGAAAGUGUGGGACCCUGAGAGCGAGAGCUGCACUCACACGUUGCAGGGGCACACGAACCGCGUCUACUCCUUGCAGUUUGAUGGAACGCACAUCGUGAGCGGCUCCCUGGACACGUCCAUUCGAGUGUGGGACGUAGAAAGUGGGAACUGCUUACACACCCUCAUGGGGCACCAGUCGCUUACAAGCGGCAUGGAGCUGCGUGACAACAUCCUUGUGUCCGGCAACGCUGACUCCACAGUAAAGAUCUGGGACAUCAAGACGGGCCAGUGCCUGCAAACACUGCAGGGGCCCAGCAAGCACCAGAGCGCCGUGACCUGCCUGCAGUUCAGCUCCAAGUUCGUGGUGACCAGCUCGGAUGAUGGUACUGUCAAGCUCUGGGACCUCAAGACGGGCGAAUUUGUGCGCAAUCUGGUGGCGCUGGAGAGCGGGGGCAGCGGCGGCGUGGUGUGGCGCAUCAGAGCUUCCAACACCAAGCUGGUGUGCGCGGUGGGCAGCCGCAACGGGACAGAGGAGACCAAGCUGCUGGUGCUGGACUUCGAUGUGGACCUGAAAUGAAGCCGGCCCAUGCAGGCUGGGAGGGAGGAUCCCGCGGGCCGGGCGGAGCAGCUGGUCUUGGUGGGGCUGGCCCCGGAGCAGGCGCUCAGCUCCCCGCGCUCUGUAAAUACUGUUUGCAGCCGUCUGGGCCUUAUUUAUAUAUGUGUGAACUCCCUGGGGGGAGCCUGCGCCCAGCUGGGGCACUGUACAGAGGAAGCAGCAUGUUUUGUACGCGCUAAUAUAUCGAUUUAUUUCUGUACCUGGA